GACGAGCAAUUCGAUGUUGAAGUCGAGUCUGCUGCCGAAGAGCCGGAGCUCGACGGUCAAGCUUGGCAGCUCGACUUCAACAGCUUUGGCACCGGGCCUGUCGACGUGGAUAUGAUCUUCAAACAGACUCUGCCCAGAGAAUUGCCUGUCGGGGAUGAUGUGCUGUACAUCAGCAAGGAGGGUGCGGUCCCAAAAAUCUAUCCUGAAAGGGGAUGUUUCAUUCAUUUGGCCGCACAUCCUGUGGAUGUCUUUUGUGCUGCUCCCCCUGGCUGCCGAAAUUUGUACUCUGGCAAAAGGAAGAUCUGCGAGGCACUGGUGAAGCAGGGGUUGCAACUUGCUGUGCCAUGUGUGGCUGGGGAGUCACUGAUGCUGGGGAUGACCAAGAUUCCCUGCAAAAUGUUUCUUGCUGCCUUGGAAGCCUGCAACAUAGACACAGUGUACGUGGGACACUUUGGGGCCCGGUGGCCUUGUGCCACAAUCGGGGACGGUGUCCGUGCCGGGGUCUUAGCUGGCUUAACCUCUUGGCACACUGGUGUUGACCUUGCUUGCAGACUGGGUGACAAAACCAAGAUUUUAUUGCUUGGUUUCAAUAUUGGCGACACAAGUGGUGUUACCAAUAUCCCUGCCUUCCACCCAGCCAU